CUGUGCAGCUGAUUUCUCACUUCCCAAUGUCGCCCCUCUGUGAAGGAAAAUAAAACGGUGGAAAAGUUUUGACAAAAGAUGGAUUUACUUACUACUACUUUACUUUAUGUGAGAUAACAUUUGCCUCCAUAUGAUUUGAGUAUGGUUUCUCGGUCAUUCGCUAUAACACAAUGAUUUGAAACCCUCCUCACCACAUUAAGAGGUGAAGGCUGGCAUGGAAAACUUGUUCUGCAAUCAGAAAAACGUGUAUGUUGUAAUGGGGUUUUCCCUCUGACAAAACUGAACGCCUUCACUUCUUGAACACAGCAGUUGGAUGAGUGAUGAACCACGAAGACUACUACACGAUUGAAAGAAAGAUGUGUUCCUUACCACUUCUAGGACUUUAUACUUUUAUCCGGAUGACUUACGGACUUCAAACUGCCGUCUUCGCUGUGCUGGGGGACAGCGUCGAUCUGCCGUGUCCCAUCCCCUCGGUCGGACCCUGCUCCGAGGUCAACUGGAAAGUGAGCGACUCUUACCUGGGUUUCUACAAGGAGGUGGUCCGGGCGGGCUUGGUCACGGCCGACCUGCCCCACACUGUGAGGAUGGGGGCCGGCUGCUCUCUGCACAUUGACCGCCUGGAACAGGACAGCGCGAGGACCUAUGUGUGCAGUAACGGGCGGUUCAACGCAUCACUGUCACUCGAGAUCCUCACCAUUACUUCGGAGAAGAAAGGUGAAAUGAUGGAGAUUCAUUGUUACCUCAACGAUUUCAAAGGAUAUGUCCGGUCUUGUCCCCACCAGGGGAUCCUUCUGGAGUGGCUGAGUGAAGCCAACACAGCAUUGAACAAAGAGAGAUUUUCCUUUAAGUCACCCUCAAAGUGCUUCUCUAAAAUAAUCUUUAAGCCUAGACCGAUAGACCAUCGCAGAACGUGGAGGUGUCAACUCAGAGAGAAUGACACUGUGAAAACCUCCCUGGGCUACACGCUAAACAUCACAGAUGGUAUACAGGAAGUAUUUGCACUGGUGGGUGAGUCAGUGUCAUUCUCUUGUGAUACUUCAUCCAUCGCUGGCGGUCUGGUGCAGUGGGUGGGACCCCAGCCCACCCUUGAUGGAGUCCGCCUUCCAGCCGUCACAUCUAAUAAACCUGACCUCUCUUUGGCUGUCAGCCAGGGGCAGGCUGGGGAUUACCAGUGCUCCCCUCACGGCGACAAAACUAAAGUCUUAGCCACAGUCCGACUGCACACACUCCACGUUUCUGCCGAGCAGGAGGGCAGUAACCUCACCCUGAGCUGUGUGCUCACCUGCGCCCUGGAGAAGUGUGAUCAGGACGUGACGUUAGGGUGGACCACGGCCAGCCGGUCCUCCCGGCUGAGGGGUGGUAACCCCAUGACCCAAAACACCAUCACCUCUCGGCUGUCCACUGAGGCGGUGCAGCUCACCGGCGCCCCCACUGUGUGCUCUGUGCAUAAAGACGGGGUUCUGAUGGCGUCCGAGACGUGGCGCUCCGCCAACACAGCAGCAGCGUCGCCGGCGGCGGCCUGGGCGGCGGCCAGGGCAGCGGCCUGGGCGGCCCUGCCUCUCGGCCUCCUGCUGUGUGCGGCCGUCGGAGGAGGACUCUACUUCCAUUCCAAGAAGAAAACCGAGAAAGGUGAGAGCAGCUUCUGA